UUUGCACAGUAUGGAUUUCCUGCGACUUGUCAAACCUGACGUUUCGGUCGUUAAGCAGUAAAAAUUCGCGUGUGAAUAACAAACAAAAAUGAAUUCGAUUUUGAAGCCUAACGCCAUCAGAAGCCUGGCCAAGGCUGUGAACGCCAGUCGCCUAGGCUGCGUCCGUCAUGGCUCGUUUAAGGUCCAGGACGACAAGGACUUUCUGGAAAAGGUCGAGAACAGCAAAGAACCGGUGAUUGUGGAUUUCUUUGCGACGUGGUGCGGCCCUUGCAAGGCCCUUGAACCUAGGUUGGAAAAUAUCGUUGCCAAAAGAAACGGCAAAAUCACGUUGGCUAAGGUUGACAUUGAUUCAAUGGGCGAACUGGCCGCCAAAUAUGAGGUCAGUACAAUUCCAGCUUUAGUAGUUUUUCGCAAUGGCAAAGUCCAGGAAAGGCUGACUGGGCUACAGGAUGAGGACAAACUCAGUCUCUGGGUGGACAAGGUCUUGGAAGCAAAGUAGGGAAAAUGAUCGAUAUGUGAUUAGAAGCAACAAAAUUAAAUAUUUAAUUGUUAAAACGAUGUACUUUAGCUGGUUUAAAACUUUAAACAAUAAAUUAUAACGUUGAGUGUUAAUUAAA